AAACCGCAAUAAAUGAUGAAGAAGGAACAUUUAGUGUUCACCAAGUACAUCAUUCUGGAUCAAAUAUGUAUUCACAAGGUUCAACGAGCCGAGAUAUUGACAGUGCUCCAAAAUCAUGCUUACCAAAAUCAAACGGAAGAAAACCAUUAAUAUUCUCUUUCUUACGGGGGAAAACAAAACCACGACGACAUAUUACAUCCUCAAAUUUGGAUAAUCAAUCUAUAUCAGGAAUUGAAACUUCUGUAAUUGAUAAUGAGGAAAUUACAAUGUCAAAUGAAUCAGAUUUACGACAAUCUUCACAUCAAGAAAAAACUAGAAAGAAUGGAUGA